UUGGAUCCGACUAAUAAUUACCCCCGUGUUUCCCUCUCGGACAGAUAAUGUGAAGUAAAACCUUACUUUGUUUCAGAUUCGCGACCCGUCAACUUCAAACCUACUUCAAGUCGACGCUCGUCUGCCACUUGUACUUCCGGAAAACCGUGUGGGAAUGCGCAACAUGAGGCCGAACAAAAUGUGGCAUGAGCGAUGCAACGGAUAUGAAGAAUACCACACAUCUCCACUUCACGAUAUUCACGCUUUUCCUGCUGCUGUUUCAUUUGACAGAAUAUGGAGAUGCAGGAGGUGGUAUUCCGGACAUAGAACUCACGAUGCCGCCUUCUCAUGUGGCGCUCAGCGGCGAUCUUCACGUACAAAUCGUUUCAUCAUCUUUCCCGCCCCUCUUGCUACAAUUAUCCCGUCUCGAAGGCAACCUGGCACAGCCUCUGACGACUUUUCCCGUUUAUCCAGAAGCCGGAGCGUUAGCAAAAAACACGACGAUAGUCAAGAUACCGUGCGGAUAUUUUUCGAGGGGAGGACAAUAUUAUGUUUUGGUGAAGAAGCAGCCAAUAGGCUCAAAAAAUAUAACCAAACUAUCACAGCAAGAUGAAUCUGUGAUACGUCGUAGUUUGGAUGUUCGGUGGCCGAUGCCGCAAUUAUCCUUGACCCCGGAAAAUCUGCAGACUUAUCCGGAGCGACCCGUCAUGGCCAUACUCGAAUUCCCCGAAGUUGUGUGUCCUCCUGUAGCGGACAGUCCAGCAAGCGCCAUACCGGAGUUUUGGCUGGAACUUCAUUAUUGUGGACAGUCCCUCCUCACCUGUGAUAAUACCGUUUUCCCCAAGUUUAAUGGAAGUGUUCAGGGUCUCUACUCGGAGCAGGUGCGUGGUUUUCCAGGACGUCGAGUGCUCACCUUGAGAUGCGAAUUAUUUGGGCUGGCCGGUCAUUACGCACUCGUUCUGCGGCCCACAACCCCCUCACUGGAACUGCCGCACACCGCUGCCUAUGUCAAGGUUGACUGGAGUGAACAGUUCGUUUUCAACGUACACGCUCGCAGUAUAUUUCCCUGCGACGUCCUCAAUGGAGGCAUCACCGUCCUCUUUCAAUACCCUUCCUGCAUUUUAGCCACAGGAGACAGAGUGAGACUUUUCGCUAGGCUGAGAGCCAACGUGGCCAGUUUAGCACCACCAACUUCUCUGGAGUACGUUGCAGAACAGCGAGUUAUCAGAGGGCAGCACAGUCUUCACUUUGAUUGCGAUCUCUUCACUGAAAGAUACGUCGAAUAUUGUUUCGUGUACGUCAGUCAGUCCAUUUCUGGAGCGGUGGCUGAUGUUAGGAUGGAUUGUGUGCCGACCUUGCCAGUUUCAGAGCAAGAAAGCGGCGGUUGGGGACAGUGGAGUCCCUGGACGGCGUGCUCCACAACUUGCAUCGGGGGAACGAGGAGUCGUUAUCGUUUCUGCGAUUCACCGCCCCCCAGAUACGGAGCCAAGUUUUGUGAGGGUCCAGCCGUGGAGACCGAAAAAUGCGGCUCUGGCAUCGGUACCGGCUGGGAAUGCUUCUACGGAGGCGUCGCCUUCGCCAGAGAUAUCGCCGCCGAAAUUCCUGAAGUGAAGGCGGAAGUGGGGCCUUUCUGCAGAUGCGGAUGCGUCGUCCAUCUUGGCCAGGCGAAACCGAGGAGGUUGUUGGCAACGUCAUCGCAAAGUUGUCCCGGCAGAACUUUCUGGCUGAUUCAAGCCGACGACGAUUUCAUAAUCGAAUUCCGAGUGGAGCAGUUCCACCUAACUUGCGGUUCUCAAUGGCUGAAAAUACGGGACGGCAAUGCGUUGUCGUCCAAUUUGCUGGCUGAUUUAUCCGGAGAUCCCGACACCACGCCAUCGAUAGUCAAUUCGACGGGGCCAAAUUUGCUGCUCGAGUUCUUCGCCGAUGAGAUUUCGACAGAAGGACACAUUUGUGCGGGGGGAUUCGUGGCUCACGCCACUCAGAUGAGAAUUGCAAAAGUGAACAUUUCCGGAGUUCCAGUAGCCCAAAGCGUCGGAGUAAUUCCAAAUGUUGUUCUGAAAUUGACAGCUGUCCAUAUUGCUGCCAUAUUCUUUCUCAGCGGAUUGCUGAUCGCCACUGCCUUACUAGGAGCCCAGUAUAUUUUCCGAUACCGAAAAUACCACGUUGCCAGAGCUGAAGAUCAAGAUUCUUUAGCGGAUCCUUCAGGUUCCAACAGCAGCUUGCCGAUGGCAACUCGAACAACUUCCAGUGCGACACUUUUAUCCGAAGUGAUUUCUCUAACGCGACUACGACCCCACAUCAGGACGAGGAACAGACACAUCCGGCUUCGGGAGUCGAUGGAUUGCGAAUCAGCUAGAAGCGACAACGAAGUCACGUUGGCGAAAGAAGAGGAGUCCUUGAGUUUGGGCAGCACCACUACUCUUACCCAACAAGCUGCGUCGCCAUCGACAUCCCACAAAGACCACGAAACAGAAGAAGUAACCUCCUCGUCAAGUUUACCAACUUCUCCUCACAGCGCUGACCAUCCCACUUUGAGAAGAUCGUCGACUAUGACCAGCGAAAAAGACAAAUCAACCGAAAAAGACAGACCAGACACCACAAAGGAAGCGACAAGAAGGCUCAGUAACGUCAGUAAUUUCACAUUGACCAAUGGAUGUUAUUCAUCAGCCGCAAGUAUGAUCAGUCGAGCAACGAUAAGGAGCACUAACGCCAAAGAAAAGAAAGAGAAGCGAAAUCGGGAAAAACUGUUGGCUGGACCUGGUGGAUCAGAAUUUUCUAUAGCUAACCAAGACUUGGACUUGGAAUUAGAUUACUAUGAUUAUAACGUUGUGAAUGCUGGAGCUGCCCCUGGAUCGUAUUUAGGAAUGGAUCCUGCAUUCCUAGUGUGGAUACCACCUCUAGAUGAAUCAGGCGAAAUUUUACCGGAUGAUAAAGGAGAAUUCCACGAAAUGGAAGACAUCAGACCACAAGUAUAUAUUGACCCAGGAAGCAACAAAGAAUCGCCUGAAGAAGAAACACUACUACCGAAACUUCGGAGCCGAUCUCUGAGCGAGAGCACUUCAAAAAGUUCACCGAUCUUAAACGCAAGAAAUAAAAGAGUUCAUCCUUUGCUCACGCAAGAUAAUGAUGUAGAUAAUAAGUUCAUCCAUGAAGUAGAACCUUUAGUUAAUUCAAAGGUUGUUACUAUACAACUACAUGAGUUCCCAAAAAAAUUGAGAACAUCUCCGAAAUCAUCGAAUCGGGACAUGGAGAAGGAAACAAAGGUGGAGAAGUCGCCUAGCUUGGAAGGCGAAUAUUUGGAAGACAUAAAGUUCGCCGACGAUGAAGAGGAAGAAGACUUAUCUGGAACCCAGUGCAAUAUAGGUAUAUCAUAUCAAGAUUCGAAUAUUUUAUCUUCCAGUUAAGACUGAACAGAGAUUUAUAUUGAGGAGUUGGAUGAUCAGGGGCAUUGGAAAAAUAUCAGUCACUCAGGGUAUCGAUGUUUCAGGUCAUUUAUGUUAUGAACUGCUCAAGAUAACAAGUGAACAAUGUGAAUGGAUAUUAGUAGGAGCAUUAUUGAUAUCAUGGUCCUUUCUUCAUCAAUUAUUACAAACCUGUUAAUAUUUCACUUUCAGAUAGGUUUCCACGCUCGUCAAUUUGGUGUAGGUACUGUAGUUCUGGUUGAACCGCGUCUGUAGUUUUCAUGUGUUCGACGUUUCGGCUUCUGAUUUGAAACUGAAGUUAUAUGACUCGAUGACAGGACCCCAAGCCUCGUCACUGGAUGUGUUCUUGCUCUGUUCAGUUCCAAGAGAACACUGAUGAUCAGUGUUAGAGAAUUAGAGAUAUCACUAAAGUAACCACAAGUCAGCUUUAGCUACCUCGUGGUAGCUUCUUAUGAAGAUGUAUAUGGUAUCUGUAGAGUAGGGAGAGUGA